CUCAAAGCUCGCGAGAACAUACUUCUUUAAAUGUGCCAGCUCAAGAACACGCAGCCCUUUUCUUGGCUGUGUGUGAAUAAGGCGGUGUUGGAAAAAUGAGCAGCAAAGUUUCCCGUGAUACACUCUAUGAGGCUGUAAGAGAGUUACUUCAAGGAUCAAAGAAAAAAAGACGAAAGUUCCUUGAGAGUGUGGAGCUUCAGAUCAGCUUGAAAAACUAUGAUCCCCAAAAGGACAAGCGUUUCUCUGGCACAGUCAGGCUGAAGUCAACACCACGUCCUAAAUUCUCAGUGUGUGUGCUGGGAGAUCAGCAGCAUUGUGAUGAAGCAAAGGCUGUGGAUUUACCUCAUAUGGAUAUUGAGGCUUUAAAGAAACUGAACAAGAAUAAAAAACUUGUGAAAAAGCUUGCCAAAAAGUUUGAUGCAUUCCUGGCCUCAGAAUCUCUCAUUAAGCAGAUUCCCCGUAUACUUGGACCUGGGCUGAACAAGGCUGGCAAGUUCCCUUCACUGCUUACUCACAAUGAGAAUAUGGUGGCUAAGGUUGAUGAGGUGAAGUCAACAAUAAAGUUCCAAAUGAAAAAGGUGUUAUGUUUGGCUGUUGCAGUUGGACAUGUAAAAAUGACAGAGGAAGAACUUGUAUACAACAUCCACCUAUCUAUCAAUUUCUUGGUUUCACUUCUGAAGAAGAACUGGCAGAAUGUGAGGGCUCUGUACAUCAAAAGCACUAUGGGGAAACCACAGCGAUUGUAUUAAACCAUGUUCUGAAUAAAAUAACUCCGAAGA